CAGACUGACUGUAGAUGGCAUUCCUGGGGAGGAUUAUCUGACUACGCCACAUUCCUGGGCAGAAGUGCCAUCACAUAUUCUCGCUACCUUGACACGGACUGGAAGUCUGUUAACUGCACAGAAAUGGAGUGUCAAUGUGACAACUCUGAGGAUGCUGUUACAGGCUGGUGGAUGAGCAGCAACGGUGCCCAGAUGGGAGCUUUUACUGUGGUGGGGUAUCUCCUCUACAGAUUCUCGCAGACACUCCCGGCUCUGAUCCGAUGGCCAAUUCGUCUGUUCUGCUCCCUAACUGGUCUGUCAGCUCUUUGGAGCUGGGUGGGCCGCCUAGUGGGAACCCUUCGUGGAAUCCAGAGCCUGUGUAAAUGGCUGUCUCGAAUUUGGCGGUUUGUCGGAACAUCUUCCUCCAAGUUCAAGUGGCUGGUUGCUGUCAUCACAGGAUCAUCUGGAGAUGGAGCACUGGAGUCACAGAAUGAUCGGACCAGCAGCGCCAACAAACCAGGCCUGAGGCUGAUCCUCCUGGGGCCCACGGGUGGAGGACGGAACUCCCUGGCCGAUUCUUUGUUGGGCAACAGUGAGAAAACGGCACCCAUGGGUCCCCUGAUGGAGAGCACCAAGAGAUGGACAGUCAUGGGUGGGAGAGAGGUUAUAGUGAUCGACACCCCAGAUCUUUUGGGGCCGUCAUUGGGGAACAACAAGAGAGCCAGAGAAGCUCUGAGGAGCCUUCAGCUUUCCAGUCCUGGACCACACGCCUUCCUGCUGGUGAUACCAGCUGGGGGCUCCAGCACGGGGAUCGACCAGGAUCUGACGCAGGCCAUCCAAUCCACCCUUGAGCUGUUUGGAGACGGGGUCGCGACGCACAUCAUACCAGUACUCACCCACGUAGACCGCCUGGGUCGAAGGCGUACGGUAGAUCAGAAGCUGGAUGUGAGGGACUCCGGAGAGGGUCUGGAGAGGGCUCUGUCUCUAUGCGACCAGAAGCCAGAGCUGGUGGACAACGGGCCAGACUGCCCCCCAGAGGCAAAGAGCGUGAUGCGCAGGCAGCUGUUGGGGCGGGUGACGGAGAUGAACAGGGGACAUUUCGUCCACGAGCUGCAGAGGAGGGAGGACCGCAUCAGAAAGGAGCUGCUAGCUGACAUGAGCUCCGUACUGGCUGGAAAACUGGGACACAUGUAAAUGAGAGGGGUUGGGGGGGGUAGUUGGUGUGCAUGUGUGUGUGUGGGACAGAGUUGUCGGGGCAGGAGGAGGAGGCAGGAUUCACUCAAGUGUUAAACAUGCAAUUUUGACUUUAAGUGUAAGGGCGAUUCUUUGCCUGGGGUAUAUUUGUCACUCUGCUGGUUUACCACUGUCCAAAUGAAUUUACUACCUUUGGCCGCCUUUUGGUUUUCAACAUGCCACAGAUUCUUUCGGUUAGAAUUCAUGCCUAUACACACUUCUCUUUCCCAUUUUGGUGUGUUGUAAUUCUUCGAUGUCUGUAUAUUCUUUUGUGAAGGCCUGCGCCUCAUGUUUUCUUACUCUGCUCCAGUGCUCGGCCCUCCCUUGUCUUUAAUAAUUUAUAGGAGAUAUCAAACUUUAAAAGAUGAUCAGAGAAAAUAAACUCAAGUCACAUUGGGACUAGAGUUCAGCAGUACUGUUUGAAUGUGUACUGUGCUUUCUCCAGAGGCCUCUGAAACGGCAGUUAGACCAGAAAAUUAACAAUUGCUUAAAUAUAAAAUACUGAAAAACAAAGAUCUUCAUCAUAUUGUCAGCGGAUGACAGUAACAAGUCGAUGUAUGAUAUAACGAUAUCACUAAAUCUAUCAUUUUAACUUUGACAACAUAUUAUCAAUAUUAUCUCUUUGUUGCAAGUAUAUGUAGUCAAUGUAGCGCAGUGUAAACCCUAAUUAACAACUUUUCAUGUUAAUUCAUGUUAUAUAUUACACGAGUAAAGCGGAUUGUUUCUCUGGUCAGAGAGAGCAUUCAAACCAAACAGUACAGACCCUCAACAGACCAAUCAGGUUCCUCAUGCAUGAUGACAAACUUUGGCAUUAAUAAGUAUAUUAUACUUACUGGUCUGCAGUACUUUUGACAAGCCUGACCUCUGAUUUGAGAAAGAGAGAAAACAGCAUUAAAAGAAAAUGCCCUAGCAGCGCAAGAACUGUCCACAACUGAGGAAAAGAGAUGACUGGCUGACUGGAGGUGGUCCUAAAAACUUGAAUGAUGUUUUAGUUGCCUUGAUAGGAAGUGCCAAAGUCUGUUACACUUGCCUUAGGAAGCAUGUUUUGGUAUUGACACUGAAUAAAAUGACUCCUAAUUUAAGCUGGUCACUCAGAGUGGCAAACACACUUAUUAACACCAAACUGCAGCUUUGUUUCAGGUUUUCUGCCUGCACAGCAUUCUCAGGAGUUUGCAAACCAAAGUGGAGCUAAACUAUAAAGUGAACCGUAUUUUGAGUGAAUUCUGAGCUAUUCUCAAAAUGUCAACACAAGAGGAACAACUCCUGUAUCCGUUAACAGCGUUACCAAACAAACCAUCGGCUGAGGCGAUUGUCGUAAUGUUUCAAUUCAGCAGACCAAAAAAAGACCGUUGACAAUGUCAUAGUUAUCGAAAGUAUUCCCUUGUUGCAUCUUUUGUGUUCCACAUCAUGUCCGGUGUGUGAAUCCAUUGUUUCCUUGUGCAUGUACUACGCAAUUUGAGACUCCACCAGUCUAUGGUUGGUUAUAAGAGGCUAUAUCAAGAAUGAAUGAAAGAAUACAAAUACAUUGAGAGGCUAUCCAAAACGUUUUGUUUGCCAUUAAAAAAAGCUU